CGGCACUUUCUUUGUGUUUCCAUCCCUCGCCUCUCGCCCGUGAUCUCUUAUCAUUCACGGUGGGUGACACAUUUUUUUUUUAAACACAUUUUUUAUGAUGGCGGAGGACAGUGAAUCCGCGGCCAGUCAGCAGAGCCUGGAGCUGGACGACCAGGAUACCUGCGGGAUAGACGGGGACAACGAGGAGGAGAAUGAGCAUAUGCAAGGGAGUCCGGGAGGAGAUUUGGGGGCCAAAAGGAAGAAGAAGAAGCAGAAGAGGAAGAAAGAGAAACCCAGCUCGGGGGGAGCCAAAUCCGACUCCGCUUCUGACUCCCAGGAGAUAAAGAAUCCUGGUUUGCCCAUUCAGAAGCUGCAGGACAUCCAAAGAGCCAUGGAGUUGCUGUCCUGCCAGGGUCCAGCAAAGAGUAUUGAUGACGCAGCCAAGCACAAGCACAAGUACCAGUUCUGGGACACUCAGCCUGUGCCGAAGCUAAAUGAGGUGGUGACAAGUCACGGGCCCAUUGAAGCAGACAAAGAAAACAUUAGACAAGAACCAUAUUCCUUACCUCAAGGGUUUAUGUGGGACACUCUGGAUCUCAGCAAUGCAGAUGUACUAAAGGAGUUGUACACAUUGUUAAAUGAAAACUAUGUGGAGGAUGACGACAACAUGUUCCGAUUUGAUUAUUCACCAAACUUUCUCAAAUGGGCUCUGCGUCCACCGGGCUGGUUGCCACAGUGGCAUUGUGGAGUGAGAGUGUCCUCCAAUAAGAAGCUUGUUGGUUUCAUCAGUGCCAUCCCAGCAGAUAUACGCAUUUUUGACACACUGAAGCGGAUGGUUGAAAUCAACUUCUUGUGUGUCCACAAGAAGCUGCGCUCAAAGCGCGUUGCCCCAGUGCUAAUCCGAGAGAUCACACGGAGGGUGAACAUAGAAGGAAUAUUUCAGGCGGUGUACACGGCAGGAGUAGUACUGCCUAAACCUGUGUCCACAUGCAGGUACUGGCAUCGUUCUCUGAACCCCAGAAAACUUGUGGAAGUUAAAUUCUCCCACCUUAGCAGGAACAUGACGCUGCAAAGGACCAUGAAACUCUACAGACUACCAGAUAGCACCAAGACUCCAGGUUUGCGGCCGAUGGAGAGGCGUGACAUCCGCCAGGUCACCGAACUGCUACAGAAAUUCCUGCAACGUUUCCAGCUUGCGCCUUCUAUGGGAGAAGAGGAGGUGGCUCACUGGCUCCUGCCACAGGACAACAUCAUUGAUACAUUUGUAGUAGAGGGUGCUGGUGGUGUACUUACAGAUUUCACUAGUUUCUACACUCUUCCCUCAACUGUGAUGCAUCACCCUCUCCAUAGGAGCCUGAAGGCCGCCUAUUCUUUUUACACCGUUCAUACGCAAACCCCACUACUGGACUUAAUGAAUGAUGCACUGAUCCUGGCCAAGCUGAAAGGGUUUGAUGUGUUCAAUGCCUUGGAUCUAAUGGAGAAUAAGGUGUUCCUGGAGAAGCUCAAGUUUGGCAUAGGAGACGGAAAUCUGCAGUAUUACCUCUACAACUGGAAAUGUCCCCCUAUGGACCCUGAUAAGGUUGGCCUUGUCCUCCAGUAGCAGGUUCUCUUCAUGGCUGCUGCACAAACACUGAAAGGUCGUUAGCGACUUCUGGCUAUUCCUAACCUGGAAUACUGACACACAGGUAGCCCAAGCAAGACAAUGAGAACAACGACAACAACAGUAAAACCAACCUAGAGACGGUUCAAAAACAUUCUCAGAGAAAACUCUUAAAUCAUCAACAUCCUGAAUGUGAAGUCAUGCUAUGCCUGAGAUACUCAUACAGUACAACGCUCCUGACAUGCACCCUCACAUUUACAACAUACCAGUUGGACACACAAGAGGAUGCCGUGACAUUGUGAGUUCUGUUUAGUUCUUCUUCGUCAGCAGACACCUCUGCUAGAAGGGCCUGGCAUGUCAUUAAAUCAACUGACAUUGAUCUAUGUAAAUGAUAAUCAAGAAGUAAAAAUCACCACAACACCAUUUAACGUUGUUGUCUCCCGACUGCAACUCCAGUAUAAGAGAGUCGCGGAGGCAUUUAAAGUGUUCCGGUUAUCUCUCUUUCUCUCUCAUAUCAUUGUGGUCAAAUAUUUCUCUGCUGGCUGUUUUGGGGCCUCAGUAGAAUUUAGAAAUGUUAAGAACAUAUUUCUGUGAUAGCUGACUCAAAAAAAAAAUGUUUUCCCCUCAAGCAUUUACUAGACACACAGAAACACAAACUGUCCAAUGACAGACUUAUAAAAAACAUAUCUUCAUCCAACUGGUGCAUUGAUAUACAUGUUUGUUUGUUUGUUUUUUUAAUUAAAAUUAUACGGUUACCUGUACAUUUAAAGCCAGAUCAUAUUUAUUCCUGUAGUGUGAGUUUGGGGCUUGGGAGGGCUGAUCCAAAGUAUUUUCCUCAUAGAUAGUGUAGAUGUCACUAAGUUUGUUCAGAUAAUGUGGGUUUAAAGUGUUUUUUUUAUUUUUAUGAAGAAUGUAUUGCAUCAAUUAAGCACAAUUUUUGAGUUCCUUAAAAUGCGAAAAGUUCCUUUUAUUGUAAUAGUUUGGAUUUCAAAAUGAAUGAGUUACGGUACAGUCUUGAUUUUUGCACAGAAACGAGCCGUUUUGAUGUUAUAAAAUGUGUUUCUGGAGUAGAUUUUAAAAGAACAUCUGCACCACAUGUUUGGUUAUGUUCACUAAGGUACUCGUGCAGCUCUGGGUUAUGUGCACGUGGAUGGUGUGUUCACUAAUGAUGUUAAAUAGGCAAAAGUUGAUAUAAAAGUAUGGAUGACCAGCCCGGUGUAAGAGCAUCAAAUACCAAUUCAACUAUAACAUCUUUUGAUUAUUUCUAUUUACAUAUAAAUAAAAAGUCGUUAUGUCUAGUUAGGUUUAUAGCAUAAAAAUGGCUUGCUCUCUUUAAAAAAGUAAAAUAAAUGUUCUCAUUUAAAUCUUGUUUACAGCAAUGGUCUGUUGUCAAUUUAGAGAUUGCUUCUAGAAACGAUUGCUUAUUACUUUUAGUCGCCUGUUGCAAAGCAGGUGCCCUUAAAACCUAUAAAUACAGGACUUUGUUUUAUUAAUACAAACAAGCAUAACUUCCUUCUCCUGCAGUAGAAUGUUUAACAUGUUAGUCAAACUCUCAGUCAAAUAAAACAGACAAUGUGAGUUUACUAAGUGUCCAUGUGAUCAUUUAACAGCCUGUAUUCGAAACGCAGCCCCUGAAUGAACAAGUCUGUAUCAGUAACUGCAUACAUUUGAAAUUUGAGCUUUUCCUGUUUAAGUUCCAUUUUUUUAUUGACUUAUCUGGAUUUUGUUUUUUAAGCGUAUUGUAUUUGUGUCUGAAAAAUAUACUGUGGGUCUUUUGUCGUACAGCUAAACUAACACUAUUUAAGCGGUCCUAAUAUUAUUUAGUUAUAUUUUAGUUGUACUUUGCAACAUUUGUAAAGACAUAGGUCAUCUUCUUUCCAGUAUUUCCCCAAAUUGUCCAGUAAAAUAACCGAUUUUUGGCGUAGUUUUAAUAUCGGUAAGAUGAAGAUUGAAGAUGAAAAACUUCGAUCAUUCCGUGCUGCUGUUGUACUCAAAAGGUUAAAAUGCUUUUGAAUUGUCUCGCUCCAAGUCUGUUACUUUGUGUCUGAUGCUCCUUUUCAUGUGGCUCUGCGUAACUCAAGAGGCUGCUGCCGGUUUUUGUUGUACAUUUUCUGUGAGUGAUGUUAUUUCCCUCUUAUCCCUUUAUAUAAGAGAAAAAGGGUGACCCAUGUAGUCAUUGCUUUAGGGCUCAAAGAUAUUUUUUGUACCAUGGAAAGGGUAAAUGAGCUACAUUAUCAAAGACCAAUGUUACCGGUGUUAAUUUAACAAUGAAACUGGGUUAUUGAGUCAAUGGUGUGCCUCAUGGAUGUGUCACUGAUGUGUUGCCUGUAGCUGUUUGAAUGAACUUCUAGCAUGUCAGUUUUGCUACUGUGAUCAUUUUUAGCAUUGAUGUUACUAGCUACACCCUUGAGUGAGAACCCAAAGUACCUGCCUUAUUUAAAAGAUUUUUUUUAUUACGAUUUUGGCGUGAGGGGAAGGUGUACUUUUGAAACUACAUACAGCUUUCUCUAAAUGAACAAUAUUUUUAUUCAAAUCCAUUGCAAGCUGUGAAAAGGCAGAAGAACUUGUACCAGCAUCAUUUUGACAGGACCCCAACACACACGUCAGCUACACCAGCAUGGAUAUUUGUUUGAAUAAACUCACUUUAAAAAAUG